AUAAAUGGCGGCUGGGAGCUUUUAUUGUGGAGCAGCCUCCAGUCCGGACUCUUCAUCCUCAUCCUCUUCAUCAUGAUCGCCUUCCUCACGUGCGCACUUUUCCUCUACGGGCUGCAGAAAAGCGCGCACUGCCAGCGCGGACUUUGUUCCGGUAGCCGGUGUUUCGCGCUCUUUCGGGACACCGCGGACUUCCGCGUAGCGCGGGAAAGUUGCCGCAACGUCAGCGGGACUUUGCUGCCGCCGACAUCUGUGGACGAGGACGUCGGGAGCGUCUUGAGGCGCGCCGCCGGCGGCACUUUUUGGCUGGGGGGGCAGAACGCGCCCCACUGCUCGUCGGUGUCCGUGACGCUUGGCGGGAAGUUGGCGUUCCAAAGUUCGCCCUGCGUAACCCAGCUGAGCGGAUUCGUGUGCACCUACGCCGUGGAGGAGCCCUGCAAUGACGUCACGACGGCGGCGGGCGCCGCAGCGACGUACACGGCGCCGAUGGACAUCGCGCUGAACCACACUUUCCCGCAGGGAACUAUCGCAGUGGCGGGAAAAAGCGGCGCGCGCCACCCGGACUCCAAGCAUCUGUGCUUUGGCCGCACGUGGCUCCGCGCGCCCUGGAACUGCGAGGUGCUGCGCGGCGGCUGCGAGCACGGCUGCAACGUCACUUCCGGGUCGUGCGCGUGUCCGCCAGGACAACAUCUGCACGCCAACCUCAUCACCUGCGUGACGUCACGGCAGAACGGCAGCUGCCCCGCCGGGUACGAGCCCACCCGCGAAGGCGGCUGCGUGCGCGUGGACGCGUGCGCGCUCCACGAGCCCUGCACGGGCGAGGGCGAAGAGUGCGUGAGCACCCGCGACGGGUUCGAGUGCACGUGCACAGACGGUUGGGUGGAGGAGGACGGCGUGUGCGUGGACAUGCGCGUGUGUGAGAAGUGCGAGCACAUGAUGUGCGUCAAGUUCGAGGGCGUGUACGCGUGCGCGUGCCGUGAGGGCUACAGGGUGUCCGAGCGCGACCCCGCCAGGUGCGACCUGCACUGUGAGCAGCAAGACUGUCCCGCCGAGUGCGUGCACGAGCACGAGUGCUUCUGUCCCGAGGGCUACAUCCAGGACGUGCGCCGCAACAACACUCCGUACUGCACCGACAUCAACGAGUGUGAGAUCCAGCUGCAGUGCGCUCACACCUGCACCAACAAUUUCGGCAGCUUCUGGUGCUCCUGCAACGAAGGCUACACCUUGUUUGACGGCUACAUGUGCGUGCACGUGCACGACUACGACUCGCCCGUCACCCGCCAGAGUCCCACGCCUGCUGGCGCGCGGCCCGUCGCACUUCCGCCCUACGUGAAGACUGGAAGCGUUCUGGGCAUCGGAGUGUUCGUGCUGCUGGCUUUGGGCUCCGUCUACUUCCUGGUCAAGCGCCUCAACAAACGCUGCGGAAGUCUGCAAGUUUCCUCCAUCAAGAGGCCGCGCGUGGACAUUUUCUACCUGCAGCAGGUGAGCACGGAGACCUACAAGAAACUCUCGUGGGACAAAAGCGAGCUGCAAAGACUUUAGUGCGCAACGAGAGUGGGACACGUGACUCUCACCGUGUGACCACGUGACUUCCACGCUUCAGACAAAGCGUGUCAGGUUGCUCUCCCUGCUGACAGAUGAUUACUAUUAUUGUUGUUAUUAUUAAUAACAUUUUCAACUGUUACUCCUGGUCACACUUAAAUUGUCCAAAAUCAAACCCAUUUCUCGACCAACUAACAUGUUAGCAUUUUAGCCAAUUUGAUACUCCUAAAAGUCAUAAAUAUUGUGACUUGUCUCGUAGAGACGCAACUCAAAGUCGAUAUUCUUAUUUUCAAAGUCGAUAUUCUUAUUUUCAAAUCAUAAAAACUUGGGAAAAGACACCAUUUCCUAGAAUUUGUUUGCUUUAUUUACUGUUUAUUUUAGUAUUUGCAGUGUUUUGUCUGUCUUUAAAAGCCUGCAAAGAAACUGUCAAUAUUGUAUAUUCCGACAAAAUACUGUAAAAUUUCUGGCAGUGAAAUAUUUAUCAAUUAAGUCACGUGAUCUGAGUGUAUUAUUAAUCAUAUUUAUAUUUUAAUGUGAUGUUUGCAUUUGAUAACUGUAAGAAAGCCCAUGAAUGUAAAAUAUUCAAAGUAUUUGCUGCUACUUGCAUUAUUAUAUUUGUUAAUAAAAGUUACAUUAUUAUAUUUGUC